AUGAACGUAGCAGAGAUCCUUUCCGACCUGACAUCCUUACGGGUUUGUGAAUAUAACGACGCGCUCAACCUUGUCACGGUGAAUGAAAGGCUCUCUUCACCGGGAGCAGUAGGCAAGAAUGGGUCUACGAGCUCUACAGAGAACCAACCCCAAGCAGCAGGUUCGAAGGAUGAUCUCCGUGUUGCGGCGGAGCUCGUUGAACUACACUAUGAGAUGAAGUCGAUACAUAAAGAUGGAAGGGUAGACGACGAGUUACUCCGCGGGAGGGAGGGAGUGGAUCGUGUUCUCCAGGAGCUGGCA